UAAACUAAACCAGGAAUAUAUAUAUAUAUAUCUAUAUUAUUUAAAAUUUAAAAAUAUAUAAAUUUAGUGUAAAGUAAAUAUAGGUUAUAAAAAAAAAAAAAGAGAAAUUUUUAAUUCUCGCACUCAUCAAAAUCAUUAUAUAAUAUGAAAUGAAUUGUAUAUUUAUUAUUUUUUAAUUUUUUUUUUCUAAUACAUAGCACAGGAGAAGAAACCUGAAGAAGGCUGUGGUAAAUAAUAAUAACAAUAAUAAAUAAAUAAAGAAAAAAUAUAUUGAAGACAUGCCAAGGGCCCAUUGGAUAAUAACAUUCCGUAAUCCAUACCACGAAAGGCUUCAAACCCAAGUCCCUAUAUAAAGGCUCUCUUCUUCGCCUACCCAAAGUGCACCAUCAAUUCUAAUUCGACAGAAACAACAGAGAGAUGAAGUUUGAAUCUUUGCCCACCGUGGAAGACGGUGGCCACACAUCAAUCGCCGACGUCCAUCCCGAUAUAAUCCGAACCCACAUCCUGGCCAGGCUCGACGGCCCCACGCUUGCCUCCGCCACCUGCGCCUCCGCCCAACUCCACUCCCUCUCUUCCUGCGACGACCUCUGGCGCCAUCUCUGCCACCGGAAUUGGCCCUCCACCGCCCGCCCACUCAUCCGCCACCUCAUCUCCCGCUUCCCGGCAGCCCACCGCGGCUUCUACUCCGACUCCUUCCCCACCCUCCACUACCGCAGCCGCUGCCGUCCAGUCAACUCCAACCCCCUCCGUCUCCCGCCGGCUCCCCGCCUCGUAUCCGCCGUCGACGUCCACUACCGGAACAAGCUUAUCCUCUCCAAAGUCGAGGAAACCGACACCGUGACCGGGUGGUUCCUCUGCUCGCCCUUCCGAAUCGACGUUCUCGACCAGAAGGAGAAAGUCCCCGCGCCGGUGAAAUUCCACGGCGGCCACGACACGUUCCAGUCAGACCUGGAAGAAAGCCUGACCCUCAGCUGGAUCAUCUUUGACCCGGCCCAGAACCGGGCGGCCAACUUCUCCAGCCCGAGGCCGGUCUCCGUGAACCGCCACUGGCUCUCCGGCGACAUACAGGUCCGGUUCGCCACCGUCCUGGCAGGCCAGCAGGCCGGCGAGCCGGUGAGCUGCACGGCGGUGGUCACCUGCGGGGGGAGGGAAGGCGGGGAGCUGCAGGUGAAGGAGGUGAGCUUCCAGGUGGAGGACAUGGAGGGGAAGAACCUGAGUGGGAGAGAGAGUCUGGUGAUUUUGCAGGAAGCCAUGGAAUUGGGAGAGAGGAGGAGAGAGAAGAAGGGGGAGGAGAGAGAGAUACACGCAGAGUUCUUGAAGAUGAAGAAAGAGAGAAUCGAGAGAAAGCAGAGGAGAGAGAAGAGGCUGGACAUGGUUUGCAUGGCCACCGGCGUCACCAUUUUCCUGGCUUGGGCCCUUCAUCUGCUCAGAAGAUACAGUUGAAUUCUUACUGUUAUUACAGUUGAUUAACAGCGACGCAAUCCAAGUACAAAAUAGGAAAUUAAACACCAUGAAAUUCCUUCUUCUUUUUUUUUCUUCUUUUUUCAUUGAUUAGUUUCAUUCUUUCAUGUAUUAUUAUGAUAGGUGGAGAGAGGAUGAGUGAUUAUUGGGAGUUGAAAUGAUUAAGUUUAUAUAUAUGAGACUUGUAACAUGAAAAAUAAUUACAUAUUUAUUGAUUAAGUUGAUUCUCUUA